AUGAAGAGGUUGGAGUCCCAAGUGGGGUAUCUAUCUCAACAGUUUCCCAAACCUACUGAUAGUUUCCCAAGUGACACAGAGAAGAACCCAAGAGGAGAAACAAAAAAAGUAAGGUGGGAAGAUUGCAAGAUGAUCACUAUAAGUGAUAAGAGGAGUGUGGAAGAAGUGCACACACAAACAGAAUACUUCCAAGACAAUCCAAAGGAAAAGUAUGAAGGGAGAAAUCAAGCACCCCAUCCCACACACAUGGAGGAGCUAAAGAAAGGGGAGACCCUGAACCCACAUGCACCCUUUCCCCAAAGGCUCAAAGCUGGUGUAGCAAGGAGAAUGUAUUCAAGGUUCCUCGACAUGUUUGCCUCUCUUGAUGUAAAUCUACCAUUCAUUAAGGCCCUCCAGCAGAUGCCCUCCUUCAUCAAGUACAUAAAGGAGCUACUGGCCAAAAAGAGUUCACUAAAGGGUGGGCAAACAAUAAAGAUGAACAGGGAGUGUAGUGCUCUUAUUCAAAUAGAGCCACCUACAAAGAAGAAGGACCUAGGGAGUUUUCACUUCCCCUGUGCUAUAGGAAAGACAAUGAUUGAUAAGGGACUCUGGCACGAUGAACAGCUCACCUUCAACGUAUUCAAACCCUCACAAGAAGCAAAUUAUGAUAACAAAGAGUCAAAGGAAGAGCACAAUAAGGAGCUGAUGGAAGAGACAAGCACGGUAGCACAAGCACCGCACCUGAGAACCCCUAUGGUUGACAAGCAAUGUGGUCAGAAGGAAUAA